AUGUCCGUCGCGCCGCCCUGCAGCGCGCCCUCGCGCGCCCUCGCGCGCCCUCGCGCGCCCUCGCGCGGCCGCGCGGCCGUCGUCGUCGCCGCCGCGUCGCCCCCCGAGCGACGCGCCCCCGACGAUCCUCGCGCGAGUCGUCUCGGAAGAAGACAUCAUCUCGCGUCGUCCGUCGCGCUCGCGUCGCUCCUCGCGUCUCCCCUCGCCGCGCGCGCGGUCGAGCCGCCGACCACCCCGGACGCGUCGUCGUCGCCGUACAUCCGAUCCCUCCUCGCCAAGUCGGAGGCGAACAGAGAGCUGCGAGAGCUCGAGCUGCAGAACAAGAACUGCCUGCGGCAGAGCGACAUGGGCAUCGGGGACUGCGCGGGGCUGAGUCGCGACGAUCUGAAAGCCGCGAUGGACGAGAGCGUGCGGCGGUUGGAGAAGAGGAAGACGGCCGAGGCCGCGGAGGCGGCGGAGGAGGAGAGGCUGCUCGCCGCGGGCGCGGCCGCGGAGGCGCGCUCCGCGGAGGCGGCCGCCGCGAGCGAGAACGAGAGCGGCGGCGGCGGCGGCGGCGGCGGCGGCGGCGGCGAAACCGAGUAA